CGACCCUCAAUUUUCUUGAAGUCGUUUUCGUGUGCUCUUCAGUUAAUGAGUUUUAAAGUUGUGUGACAAUGAAGUUGUUAAUUAUAUUAGUAUUCGUGUUUUAUAUUUGUGGAUUUUACUAUGUGGGUGGAGCGAGAUCGGGAACAUUGUAUGAUGGGCAUGACUGUCCGCUGGGUACUCCAAAGCAUGUUUUAGUUGAUUGUAAUUUUUGUAAAUGCUAUAUGGGUAAUUUGGUUAACUGCAGUCGCUAUACUUGUAAUCGAGACGGCAUUGUUGAGAGUGUAGACCAAAUGGUUUGCGUGGAAAGAGAGAUGAAAUUUGACCAAUGUACCCUUUGUCAGUGUCGUAAUAAUACAUGGUACUGCAUGGAAUCGCAGUGUAAAACAUCCAAGGUUCACACCCAUAGAAAACGUUCGAUUUUGGAUUCUUUUUGUUUAUUCAAUGGUAUGAAAUCAACGCAAGGUUGCAAGGAAUGUGUUUGCAGUAAUGGAUUCUGGGAGUGUUCUGAAGAACACUGUAAUGUUAAACAUGGAGAAACCCAAUAUCUAUCUUUCUUUGAAGAGGAUUUAAGUGAAACUCCUUGUGCUCCUUCUGAUGUACUGGCCAUUGAAUGUUCACGUUGUAAAUGUAAUGAAAAUUCCCUAGGAUAUACAUGCAGGACUGUAGACAGCUGCAACGCAGAUGAACCUCUUGAAGUCAAAGUACGGUCGGCGAAAAUUUAUAUAAACACCAUCAUGGAAAAAGACUAAAAGUUAAUAAAAGAACUCUUUUUCUUGUUUGGUAAAAUAAUUUUGCAUGUACCUAUUAUUCAUUAA